ACAAGCAACCACAACCAUUCCUACAAUGAGAACUUUUCUAGUGAUCUGUUUCCUGGCUCUGGCCGGACUCGCACCUGGCAGCCUGGCCCGCACCAUGGAUCGCUGCCUCUUGGCCCAAGAGAUGUUCAGGUUGGGCGUUCCAAAGGAUCAGCUGGCCCGCUGGGCCUGCAUCGCCGACCACGAGAGCUCCUACCGCACCGAUGUGGUGGGGCCACCCAACUCGGACGGCUCCCAGGACUACGGAAUCUUUCAGAUCAACGACUACUACUGGUGCGCUCCCCCCAGCGGUCGCUUCUCCUACAACCAGUGCGACGUGAGCUGCAAUGCCCUCCUCGACAACACCAUUACCGAAUCCGUGAGAUGCGCCCAAAAGGUGCUCGCCAUGCAGGGAUGGGGCGCCUGGUCCGUGUGGCACUACUGCAGUGGCAAUCUGCCCUCAAUCGACGACUGCUUCCCAGCUUACUAAUAUACAUAUCAUAAACCCUUUUUGUAAAUCCUCUCACAAUGUAAUAAAGAAUUCUCUUC